AUGGAGGGUCGCAAGCCAUCAGACCACGCCAAGGUGCAUUCUUGUCGUGAUGGCUAUGGCGUCUCCCUGUACAUCGCCAUCGAAGGAGUCCAUUACGGCGACUGCUGGACAAAAGACGAUACUCCUAGGAGCCAUCCGAAAGCGCCUCAACACGCCUUUAUCGAAUUUAAAUCAGAAGAAAUUGCCAGGACUGCGCUUGCUUCGAUAAAUGGUAAACUGGUCGCUGAUCGACCAGUGACCGCUGAGCUUUGUUCCGAAAGAACUUCACCUCCAACGCAGUCGGGUUCGAGUGACUUGGAGAGGCGGCGACCACAUUGGAUUCCACCGGAUAAGCGCACACUGCAAGACUUUUGUCUUACUACCCUCUAUGUGACUUGUAUUCCUCGGGUUGCAACCCAGGAUGAUCUGCGUCAAAUAUUUGACAAAGCUGUAACUUUUGACUUCAACAUGAAUAUGAAGCAUAACAGCAUUGGGAGUUGCCGUGUAGUUUUCUCGAACGAGCAAGAAGCGUUAGAAGCCUUCAAUUCCAAACAUGGAUUUCUGCUCCACGAUUCUCCGUUGAUCGUCAAUUUUGCUUUCAGAAAGCAUGGCCGUCGUAAAACUCAUGAUGGCGUUUCUGUGCCCAAAGAAUCUGUCUCAUCUGUGGUUAAACUCAAGGGUGCAUCUAUGCAGAACGUGAAACCGAAGAAACCAGAACCAAAGCUGCUUUCUGAGGUACAAGGAAUCCAGAAGAGUAAGAAAGAUGGACAACCCAAGAAAACGAAACACGACAAACAACCAGGUCUCCAAAACUCGACUCCUAAGAACAUGGAUCUUCUAAAGAAGAAGCCUGUUGGUACUAAGAAGCAAAAACUUGCAAAAGCUCGAAAGCAGUAG